UGAUUAUUUACAAAUGUAUUAGUAGUAAGUUUCAAUUAGAUUAAAACAUACAUAUACAUAUAUAUAGAUCUAUAACACAGGAUCAUGCUUGAUGGAACUUUAUGGAUAGAAUACAAUAGUACAUGUAGUGGAAAUAUAAGUACUACUGGUAUAAUAAAACUGGAAUAUUCUUUACCAAUAUUAAUACUUAGCAUAAUUGCUUUAAUAUUAAAUGGAUUAUGUAUUUCAAUAUUUUCAAGACAACACAGAAAAUCAGUUAUGAGAACAAGUUUACUUGUUUUGUCAGCUACUGAAGUACUGUUUCAUUUUUUUGUUUGUAUAGAGUAUACUACACAACUUAUAUGUUCAUCAAAUCCACGAAUGAUAAGUCCUACAGAAUUUAUAUUAUUUGCUCUUAUUAAUUGGGGUUCUGAUUGUUCUUUAUGCACACGUAAUUGGUGUAAUGUAUUAAUUACAUCAGCUCGUACAGAGGUAGUUGUUUAUCCAAUGCGAAAACGACGUAUACUUUCACAUUCUUCAAUAAAAUUUAUUUAUGGAUUUUUAUGGAUUCUAUCUGGAUUUCUUGCUAUUGUACGUGCAUUUUAUGAUUAUGCAAUUGUCUGUAAUUCAUCAAAUAAUCAAAUGAAUAAUCUAAUUAUACAAUCAAGUGAAACAUCACUAUUAGAUACAAAUAAAUUGGAUUUAUCCAAUGAUUUUAAUCAAAAAACAAAUCCUGUAACAUAUAUUGAUGCUUUAUUAGCUCAAUCUAUCAUUAUUAAUUAUGAAGCAUAUUGUUUUUUCAUAUUUCAAGUGAUUGCACCAACAUUAAUUGUUUUAAUCAUGUCAUUUAUUAUAUCAUUUUAUGUUUCACCAUGGCGUGAUACUAAAAUUAUUGAAGUAACCAAUGUACGUCGAAGACAUCAAAUGAAAGCCACAAGAACUAUAUUAUUUUUAGCUAUUUCAUUUCUGUGCUUUCAAACGCCUAGUUUUAUUUUAGUUAUUGUACAACAUUAUACUAAUUUAAAAAUUGAAUUUCAAUUAGCUAAAUUAGUUGCUGAUUUAUUAUUAACAUUUGAUUCUAUUAUUAAUAUAAUGAUUUAUGCAAUCGGUUUACCAAGUUUUCGUGAUUAUUUAAAUCGAAUGUUUAUUUGUUUAUGUCCUUGGACUAAUAUUAUUAACAAUAAUAUUAAUAUUGGUAACAAUAAUAAUAACAAUAGUAACCGUAUUCUGUUAAAUUCAGUUGCUAUGCCCCAAUCAGAAUUUCAUCCCAUCUCAUAUAAUAAUAAUAAUAAUUCAAAAAUUACACAAUUAAAAGCAACACAUUCAUUUAAUUGGAAUAAUUAUCGUCAUGGUAUUUAUGAUUCACAUAGAGAUAAUUCUUUUCAACAUAAAGAUAAUCAUUCACAUUGUCAUUAUCAUUCAUUACAUGAUAAGAAACAACGUCAAUAUACCAAUAAUAAUAAUAAUAAUACUAUAGAGUCUAUUGAAAAUUCACAAUGUAAAAAUAUAAAUGAAGAUUCAUUGAGUAUUAGAGAAAGAGAAAUAUGCGAUGAUAUGUAACUAAUGAAAAAUCAUUAAAAAAACAGAAGUUAACAUUCUUAUUUAGGAAUAUAUUCAUAUAUUAUUAUUAUUGGGUUUGUAAACGAAUGUAUAUUUAUUACUAUAAUUCAUAGAAUAAUUAAUCAUACUUAUGUAAAUGUUACCGGCAUUUGGUUUAUGAUCAUUAUUAUGUUUUAUUUUAAAUUCAUGAAGAAGAAUAUAAAACAAAAAAAUUCUAGAUUAA